AUGCAGCGCUACAGACACGACGACCCUGCAGAGCGGGAGCCUCUCGACGACCCUAACGCCUACUUCGACUCCUCGCCAGAUCGCCAUCAGCAGUACCCGCAACAGCAGCAGCAGCGCGGCGACCACUACGCCCAAGAUCCCUACGCUCAGGAUCCCUACGCCGCAAACCAGUACAACUCGACGCCCCCUCGAGCCGCCGUCGGCGCCCACCGUCAGCCACGAUCACCACCCGACGCCCAGCAUCUUCGAUCCGAAAGGCGCCGGUCGCGCGACCAGCAGAACUGGGGCCCUGCAGCCCAUCAAUCGUCGCCGCCGAACCCCGACUACGUCUCGCCCAUCUCGCCGCCGCAGUCCGCCGGUCUCGGUGACGACGGUCGACAUUGGGGACAAGAGUCAGGCCGCCAGCGACAGGGCGCCGCGCCGCAGAGCCGUCCUGAGAGCAACGUGACGCCCGGAUCUGAUAAUUUCAGCGAGGCGGCUCCUUUUGGCGGAAUGGCAAACAUCGCCUACUCUGUUGCCGAGCGCAAUGCUAGAGAAAGCGGGCUCAAGGCCAUGAGGACCGCCAACCCGCACCAGCAGCCCUAUCCCGACCAAGACUACCACGACGGCCAUCACCAUCCCGCCCCAUACAACGACACUGCCGACAGGGACUCCCACUCCAGCAUGUCUGGCCUUGGCGCCGCUGCCAUCCCACCCGGCUUGUCGACCCCUGGAGCAACAACGCCAUCGAAAGCGCGCCAUCCCGCUGAUGUCGUCUACACUGAUGACCCGUACUCGGGCUACUCGCGACCCAACCAAGCCGCACUGGGCGUCGUCAACCCCCACGACAUCUACGAUGAUGGUGACGACGGUCUCCAGUACGGACGCAAGAGCCAGCGGAACUCGAUGCUCAGCCUGGGGAACUCGAGCAACAGGAGCAGGAACAAUCUAGCUGGCGCCGCAGCUGGCGCCGGUGCGGGCCUGGCGGCAGCCAACGGCAAGCCUGGGGGCUAUGGGCCUGUGUCUGGCCUCGGCAACAACGCUUCCCACGAGGAGGUGCACAACCUAGGGGGAGAGAAGUCGUGGGGCAUGAAGCCCGAGAACAAGUCCAAGAAGUGGAAGAUCGUCGUCAUCAUCAUCGUCGCCAUCGUCGUUGUCGCGGCUAUCGUGUGUGGAAUCCUCUUCGGUGUCGUGUACAGGGGCGGGGGCAACAGCAACCCAAGCCCAGGCCUGUCGGCGGCCGACGACCAAAAACAGAACGGCGAUCUCAACGCAAACAGCGCCGAGAUCAAGGCCAUGAUGAACAACAAGAAUCUGCACAAGGUCUUCAUGGGCAUGGACUACACGCCCAUCAACACCCAGUACCCCGAAUGUCUCAAGGACCCGCCAUCACAGAACAACAUCACGCGUGACGUUGCAGUCCUCUCGCAGCUGACCAACACCAUCCGCCUGUACGGCACCGACUGCAACCAGACCGAGAUGGUGCUGACUGCCAUCGAGCGACUCAAGCUUAAUAGCGUCAAGGUCUGGCUGGGAGUGUGGCAGGAUAAGAACACCACCACCAAUGAACGUCAGCUCACGCAGAUGUGGGACAUCCUGGACAAGUACGGGGAGAAGCCCUUCAAGGGCCUCAUCGUCGCCAACGAGAUCCUGUUCCGCGAGGAGAUGACGACCACGCAGCUCCAGAAGCUGCUGUCCGACACGCGCACCAAGCUGAAGCAGAAGGGCAUGACGCUACCCGUGGCCACCUCGGACCUGGGUCGAGACUGGGCCGAUACGAACCUGGUGCAGGCCUCUGACUACAUCAUGGCCAACAUUCACCCCUUCUUCGGCGGCCAGCCGGCCGAGGGCGCCGCCGACUGGACCAUGGCGUUCUGGAAGAACAACAUCAAGGUCGACAAGCCAGAAAAGGAAAAGAACGUCAUCGCCGAGAUCGGUUGGCCGUCGCAGGGCGGCCAGCGCUGCCCGCCCGAGCUGGGCAAGUCGUGCCCCAAACCGGCCAUCGCCAGCGUGCCCGAGCUGAAUCGGAUCCUGAACGACUGGGUCUGCCCUGCGCUCAACAACGGGACAAACUACUUUUGGUUCUCGGCCUUUGAUGAGCCCUGGAAGAUCAGGUUCAACAGCAAGGACGAGAACUGGGAGGACCACUGGGGGCUUAUGGAUGUCGACCGGCAGCUCAAGGACGGCAUCAAGAUUCCGGACUGCGGUGGUAAGACGGCGCCAUGA